AAGAGUGCGAUAGACCCCCUCCAGCACAGUAGGUGGCAGAAAUGCACGUAUGCCACCCGCAAUAAAACACCCGAAGAAGAAAAAGGGGGAAAAAGCCUGAAGCAUGGCCGGAGAAAUGGAAAAGAAACCAAAGCUUGAAAUGGUGCAGGCUGACGGGGCCGAUGAGGGCUGCGUGACGUUUGUGAUGCACGAUGAAGAUCACACACUGGGCAACUCCCUUAGAUACAUGAUCAUGAAGAACCCAGAUGUGGAGUUCUGCGGCUACACCAUCACCCAUCCAUCUGAGAGCAAGAUCAACUUUCGCAUUCAGACACGAGGAGGCGUCCCAGCUGUAGAGUCGCUCCGAAAAGGCCUGAAUGAUCUCCACGAUGUUGGUCAGCAUGUUCUCAACACCUUUCAGGCAAGAGUCGGUGAGUUCAAGCAGAGGGAGGAUCAGCCCAUGGAGUGAACGCCAUCGUUCGUCACACCUGCUACAUGUUAGCUGUUACCUUUAAAAAGCACCUUCUGUGUGCUUUAAGUGACAAGAACUCAAACCCUUUGGAAGUCUUUGUACAGUUUAUUGUUUUGUGAGAUGUGGUGGAUUUGUAAUGUAUAAUAAACAUGAUUGUGAAAUUUAAA